ACUACUCCACUUCACUCUUCUAACAAUGGCGAUGGAGAUUACAGCCAUGUCUUCACUACCAACACCAAAACCUUCUCUUCCAUCUCCUUCUACCUUACCUCACACAAUCACCACUUUCUCAAAACCUCAACUUAGACGCAUAUCAUUACCAACAUCAACCACCAUUUCACUACUUACUCUCUUCACCCCUCCAAAUGAAGCUAGAGCUGCUGUUAACAUCUCCAAGGACCAAAUUGUUUCUUCUCUCACCCAAGUGGAGCAGACUAUUGAUCAGGUUCAGGUGGUUGGUUCUGGUUUUUUGGACUCAGCACAACGUGUUGCUGAAGCUGUAGGGAGUGCUUUGAAGCCUGGCUUCGAUACGGCGUUGCCGAUUGUGCAGCAGGCUGGACAAGAGGCUUUGAAAAUUGCUUCCCCAGCCUUCUCUGAGGCUUCCAAGAAGGCUCAAGAAGCACUUCAGAGCUCUGGUCUUGAUACCCAAACAGCUGCUAAGGUUUGCUUAAUUCAUUUAGAUAAGCACUUAUAGUAUAAGUGAUAAUUAAAUAAGUGUUUAUGUGUAAACUAUUUCUGGAACAAAAGAUAAAAUAAAGUCAAACUGUUU